AUGCUAGCAUUGACACCUCUUGAUAUUACUGCUACAACACCACAAUCAUAUUAUGAACAGUACCAGGGGCAAAUAAAGUGGAUAGAUUUUCAGGAACUUACUGACUUGAAGAAACUCUCAUCUGGUGCAUUUGGUACUGUGUAUUCUGCUACUUGGAAUUUGUCCUCUCCAUCUAAUAGUAAGGAAGCAAAAAGCCAACAAGUUGCAAUAAAAUACAUGGAUAAAUGCAAUUUUCAAUUGGAGACUCUUUUUCAUGAACUUUGGGCCCAUUAUGCACAAUGUAGGUACGGUAAUACAAAUUAUUCUCUGGCACUCUAUGGAAUUUCGCAAGAUCCAGAUACGGGUAAAUUUAUGAUGAUUAUGGAGUUUGCGCAAAAUGGUGAUCUGCAAGCAUUUUUGGAGAAACACAUAAACGAUCUUACUUGGAAUCAUAAGCUAGAAAUUGUGUACCAACUUGCAGAUGCUCUGUGCAACUUGCAUGGGCAUAAAGCCUUAAUUCACAGAGAUCUCCAUAGUGGCAAUGUGCUUUUUGUAGAUGGAACACCACUGAAUGAUGAUCAAAAAAGAUGGGGAUUUACACUGGAUAAGAUUGUGCGGAUUAGUGAUUACGGACUCACACAACCAGGAAAUGCGUCUACUACUACCCCGGAUUCUGAAAAAAUAAAGUGGAACCAGAAGAGGCCAAGUUAUGGGAGAGCAUCUUAA